AUUUGGGGCCCCUUCCAUCUGUCCCUCGCCGAGACUCCGCAGUGGAAAUGCCGCAGAGCAUAUAAAUAGCAGCGAAUUGAGAUGAACUGUGCACAGUCUAGAUUUUACUUUCUUCCACUCCGCCAUAUUUCUCGUGUGAAGACGAAAGUGCGCUCCGGCGAUCAUCCUCACCAUCUCUGGAAUAAUCGAGUCGCUUCUGUGGAUUUUUUUUUGCCCUGCGAGAGACACAAUGAAAGUCUUGAUCGUUUUCGCUCUGUGCCUGGUGGCAUUGUCGACCGGCGAGGAGGCGCGGAGAUUCGCCCGCCAAGCGUCCUUCGGACAGCCACAGCCGCAGGCCUUCCAGCAGCUGCACCAGCAACAGAGGGCGGCGCGCCAGCAGCAGCCGCAACAGCCACAGCAGCCGCUGGCCGAGGAGAGGCAGGCGCGCGAGUACAGCCAGCAGCCGCAGCAGAACCAGCUGCUGCGCCAGGAGACCACCACGUGGAUCCCCAUCCUGAAGUACAACAAGGAGCAGGGCAACGACGGCAGCUACAAGACCCAAUGGGAGACGGGCAACAACAUCGUGGCCGAGGAGACGGGCUUCCUCAAGGACUUCAACGAGAACACGCCGAACGGCGUUCUCGUGCAGCAGGGCAGCUACAGCUACACAGCCCCCGAUGGCCAGCUCGUGAACGUUCACUACACAGCCGAUGAGGGUGGCUUCAGAGCCACUGGCGACCACAUUCCCACGCCGCCACCAAUCCCGGAGGAGAUCCAGAAGGGCCUGGAGCAGAUCUACGAGGGCAUCCGCCUGCAGCAGGAGCGAGAAGCCAAGGAGGCCAAGGAGAACCCAGCCGAGUAUGCCAAGAAGCAGGAAGAGCGCGCCAGGCUCAACUUCAACGGGCAGUACUACCAGAACUAGAUAAUCGCCCAGCACUCCUCCACAAACCACUCCUCCCCAAUCCCCAGCAAUAGCGUCGAAUUGUUUUCUAUGAAAGACUGUGAUUUACACAAUGAAUUUGAAUGCCAUCCUGGAUAAAAACUCGGUGAGAAAUAAAUGUACCU